CGACAACAACGCCGCACAGGACCACUAGAUUAUCGCGUACGCUUGCGGUCAGCGCGCGUACACACUGCAGUGUUUUGUUUUUGCAACGAGCGACUAGCGAUUUGUUUUCGGGUUUCAUGUGGUGCUGUGAUCAGUGGUUUACUGUUGGAUUCUUUUGUUAUUUUUUGUUGAAGGGGUGAAAUUCGACAUGGGGCACACUGGAUACCUUUUCGUUCUCUUGGUAUUACUGAUAUCAUGUUGGUUUACGAAUGGGUGGCAAACCUCCCCGCACCAGUACCAUAUACAGACCGACGAAGGCCCCGAACGGUACUUUAGGUACCAAACCGACAGCGGUCAGUACCGCAAGGAGAAACGACUCGAAGAUGGUACCGUGAUUGGUACUUACGCCUGGAUAGAUGACGAUGGCAUUUUGAGGCAAAGGGAUUACAUCGCCGACAAUGCCGGGUACAGGAUAUUGAAGACCAAGAAUGUUUAUGUUGGGCGUGGAGUACCAGUGGGAGAAGCCGUAAAAUCCAUCAAAAAGUACCCGGCAUCGGCCGGUACCCAAGUCCGCCAGAGACCUGUAAUCAGCGACUUACCCAGACCUACAGCUUACAUACCACCUGUAAGAAGACCUGUAAUCACCGACAUACCAUCAACAACAUUCCUACCUCCAGUGGUAUCCACAACUGAAUAUUUGCCACCAAGUAGUAGUGAAAGUCCACUAUUCUACAGACCAGCUGAACCCAUGGUGCAUACAUCUUAUGGUGUCAGUACCACUACUAGCAGACCAAUAUUAUAUUCCACGCCUUCACCAAUUAAUGUGGAAAUAAACCCCAAUAGUCUACAGUCCAUAUCCAGCACAACACCAAACUACGUUGAGAUUACGCAAAACUCUUUGAUCGCUACCACUGAGGCCGCCUCGAGCAUAUCACCGGAAUACCUGGUACCCAUAGCAAACAAUUCGGUCUCUGAUUACUAUGCUUCCACCCCAAGACCCUUCACAGCGCCUCCAGCUGAUGUACAGUUCGCUCCACCAAACUACAACUCCAUAGAUGAAUACAACCCCUAUGUGCACCACAGAGAUAAUUCCUUCAGGUUCCAAAAUGGGCCCACAUACCCCAUAGACCGUAACGGUUUAUCUUACAACGGUAGAAUCGGUAAUGGGUACGACCCACAGUACCAAAAAUACGAUGGCGUAUCUGUAACGAACGAUGGGUUCCGUUACUACAUCCCCAGGGCGUACCACGAGGAAACCACUAGUGGCGAGCGAAGGGACGGUAGUUUUGGUUACAUAGACCCAUUUGGUAUUCGUAGGGUAAUCUACUAUAACACGGCGCCGGGCACAGGGUUCCAGCAUAGAAAAAAUAAUAGAUACGUCGGGUUCCAAGCGACACCAUACGAUCCUAGACCGUACUAAACUUGCCUGAGGAAAAAAUUGUUUAACACUGCCUAUAGAUAGGACGAAAUUAUAAAAUGUGAUGUAACCUUUAUUUAAUUCUUGUAUUAUAAGCUGUAGGUGCCAUGGGUUCCACAUUUUAGGCAUUGUGAAUAACAGUUUAUGUUUUUUAGUUUAGUUAGUUUUCUUAUUUUACUCAUAAACUCUUGUUCCGAUGCCUGAUAGCUUAAUGAUUUAUUUAUAAGACUAUUUUAUUAAUUUAUUAAAAUCUUUUCUCCACCUUUCUAUCACUAUAACUCGCACUUUUAGAUUUAAGAAUACGUAGAAAAUUGUUGUAAAAUUUGAUAAAAAUUAAAUGGAACAUGAUA